AUGGUAACCACAAGGAAAGUUCCAAGGAGGCGGAAGGCCCGUGUUAACAAAAAUAAUAAGGGGAAAAGGGGAUGGGGGAAAGUGUUUCGGGGUAGUGCUGAUAAGAAAGUUAGGGUAGACAAGCAAAUGCAAAAACUAUUUAAUCGAAGACCUGUUAAUAAUAAAGUGGCGGCUUCAGAUGGGGAGUCUAGUGGAGAGGAAGGUGAAAAUGGUUCAGAUGCUGAUGAUGAGGUGAAAGGAAAUUAUGAUGACGAAGGCGAAAAUAUAGAGCCAGGAAUUACAAUGUUCACUGAUGGUUGUAAAGCGUUUAAGAUGGCUUUCAGCACAAUCAUUGGGAAGAAAGUUGCAGACCCUAAUGUGGGUCCUAUUUUAUCAGGGCACAAGGAGCUAUUUUCUAUGAAACUUGUUGAAGAGCUAAGCGAAAGAAAGGCCAAAGGGGAGGCCAAGAACGACAAACAUAUGGAGCGGGAGAAGGGCCAUGCAAAGUUGCCUGCAUAUUUAGACUCACACGAAAAGUUUCUUAUGAGUGUUGCUACAAAAGGAGUGAUCAAGUUAUUUAUUGCGGUCAGCAAAGCGCAAAAUGCUCAGAAAAGACUAAAUCCAUCAAGGGAUAAAGAUGCCAAAAGUAUUUCAGUUGUGCUUACAGUCGAUGUUAGUGUUGUUGAUAUAGUUGACGUUUUCAUGCUUUAUAACACGGGAAAUGUACCAUUCUUGACAGCAAUUAUUAAGCGUAGGAGACAGACAUUCUUAUCAGAAAUACGCAAGAGAAGUUCACAACCAGCUGAAACUUCCUCCAAGGUGGUAGUUACAAUUAAAAUCUUCCCUCGCCAGCAUGAUGUUCAAGUUUUUGUAAGCUUGUAUUUACAGAGUUAUGAGAUGGAUGCUGUGAAAACAACCUUGCCUGUUGUAUAA